AUGCCCUUCCCAAAGGUCUAUACAAGGGCCUACCCAGAUGUGGCAGCACAGUCCAAUCGGUUCAAGAUUAUCUUCAAGGGAAGCCCUGCCUUAAUUGGAGGAACCUCUGCAUCCUCUCCGACAUUUGCCGGAUUUGUCGCCCUCCUCAACGACGUCCGGUUGAAGGCUGGGAGGCCGUCUCUGGGUUUUUUGAACCCGUUGUUGUACUCCAGGGGCUUAGCUGGUCUUAACGAUAUAGUGCCUGGCAACAACCCCGGUUGCGGCACCCCAGGAUUCAAUUCCACCGUGGGGUGGGAUCCAGUGACUGGUCUCGGCACACCCAACUUUGGUAAGCUAAAAGAGAUCGUCCUUCAAUACUAG